AUGCCGGACCUACACGCACCGUCUGACGGUCUCAUCCUCGCCCUCAACGCAGGUUCGUCAUCUCUCAAGAUAACCCUCUUCAAAAGGAAUGUCGCGGGAUCAUCCGACGCCGUAGAUCGAGUGGUUGAGCCCCUGUUGUUCUCGAACAUCACCAACCUUUCUUCCCCUCCAGCGUCUUUCACUUUCAAAUUUGCAUCGCAUGGACGAAGCCUCGAAGUCAAGAAACGCCCUGCAGAUAUAGUAUACAAUCAUGCGUCCGCCUUUGCAUAUUUUUUGGACUAUCUCGAUCAGGAGGCGGGUAUAGACAGGUCGUCCAUCGUGCAUGUCUGCCACCGCGUCGUCCAUGGAGGUGACUAUUUUGAGCCAGUGCUCAUAGACUCGGAAAGCUACCAUCACAUCGAGACACUCUCAGAUCUCGCACCACUACACAAUGGCGCGGCACUGUCGGUAAUAAAGAAGUGCAUUGAUGCGCUUCCGAAUGCGAGCUUAAUCGCCUACUUUGAUACCUCUUUCCAUCGCUCCAUACCGCUGCACAUCGCUAGCUAUGCAAUCAACACCACCGUCGCGCACGAACGCGGUCUCAAGAAAUAUGGUUUCCACGGGCUCAGUUAUGCAUAUAUCCUCAGCGCCGUCAGCGAACACCUCGAGCGCCCCGCUUCUGCGCUCAACCUCAUAGUCAUGCACCUCGGCUCCGGCGCGUCCGUCUGCGCGAUCGAGCACGGCGCUUCGCUCGACACGUCCAUGGGGCUCACGCCGCUCUCAGGGCUUCCCGGCGCAACGCGCAGCGGCGCCGUUGACCCUUCGUUGAUCUUCCAUUACACCAACCGCGCAGGACGCAUCACGCACGACCCGCGCCAGACGACCGACGUGCGCGUCACACAGGCGGAGGAGAUUCUUAACAUGCAGAGCGGGUGGAAAGCACUCGCUGGCACCCCAGACUUUGGCGAGGUUGUCGAGCGCAUGAAGCGCGUGGCCGCAGAGGACCGGGUCGCGGCUGGGAACAGCGGGAGCGACUUGCGUGGGUGGCAGGGUGAAGAGAAGUGGAAGUUGGCGUUUGACUUAUUCGUAGACCGUAUAUGCGGCUUCGUCGGUGCGUAUUACGUGCGGUUGGGUGGGAAGGUGGAUGCGCUUGUAUUCUCGGGAGGUAUCGGCGAGAAGAGCGCGGAAGUGCGUGAUGCGGUCGUCAGCGCUGCCACUUGUCUUGGAUUCGGGCUGGACAUUACGGCAAACACAGGCAUUCGAGGCAAGGAAGGUGUAGUCUUUGACAUAGGAUCAAAUAAGUACGAGCGCCAAGUGCUCGUGUGUAGGACAAAUGAACAGCUUGAAAUGGCUAAAGAAUGCGCGCUCGCUGAUAAAUUUUGGAAAUGA